CCAGCGGGCCUCAGCAGUGCCAGUCGCAUGGUCGAUCGCCCGGUACCGCCCAGGGUUGCUCGGCAGCGCCCGUGCGGUACUUGUUCAUGUCAGCCAACGCCCAAGCGCAUGUCCAUGUGCCCAGGCACCCGCUGCAGCGUGCGGUAGCGCCCAGCAGUUCCAGUCGCGCAAGGCCAGCGCCCGUAGCGCUCGGCAGCACUCAAUGUCAUGUCCAGCAGCACUCAGUUGCACGCAAAGGCCAUGUCCAGUGGUCGUGCGCGUGCACAGUCCGUCAUGUUUAUGUUCCAGUCACGCUCAACAAGGUCGGCAGCCUCAUGCCGUGCCCAAGCCACGCCAGCCGUGCUGCGCACAAUCCGUGCCAUGCACAGUCAUGCCAGCGCCCGUGCCCGCGACCUUAAUAGGCCAUCGACCGAGUCA